AUGGGUCGUUUGCUGUUAGAUUUGGAGCCAGUUCCGUGGAAAAAGAAGGAAUUGAGCGAUGAUGAGCGAAUACUAUCUUUCUUGGACUUUAUACGACCGAAACACGCGGAGCUAGAAUAUCGAAAAGAGAUUGUUCAAAAGCUUCUGAAUCAUUUGCAAAAUGUACUCUCAAAUCCAGAAUUGCAGGAGUAUGGAAGCUUGUUUACUGGUCUCUCUUUAAAUAUUAGUGAUAUUGACUUGUCCUUAAAGAGUCCUGCUGUAGGCGAGAUGGAUAAGCGACGUGUGACAAUGUUUUUACGCACGUAUUAUGAUCCAAACACGGAAUUUCAUUUUGGUGCACGAGUUCCGCGCGUUUACUUUCACGAUGUGAGCGGUAUCGCCAUAGACUUGACAUUUGCGAACGAAAAGGCUUGUCUUAGUGCUGAACUGCAGUUAGCAUAUUGUAAGAAAAAUCCAGUUUAUGGAACGUUAUUGAUGCUUUUGAAACAUUGGGUUUAUGAGCGAGACCUAGACCGUGUUCAUCAUGGUGGAAUCAGCAGCUGUGCACUUUCUUACAUGUUAAUCGGAUGGCUCGAAAUGAGAUAUCAUAAAAAGGGCUUGUCAUCAAAGGAACAGCCUUUACGAUCUCUACUACAAGACUUCUUUCAUUUUUGGGGUGUCGAAUGGUCUUACGAACUCUUUGUUUUACGUCCACUGACAGGACAAAUAGUACCAAAAUUACAAAAAGGAUGGUUUCACGAGGCUGUACCAAACUUGUUAUCUAUUGAAGAUCCGUUGGAGAAAAACAAUGACAUUGGAAAACAAUCUUUCCAGAUAGCUAUGAUUCAAGCCGCUUUCCUAGCUUCAUAUAAUGAACUAUUGUCUGAUAAAGAGUGGCUUAAUACUUUUGCCAUCACAGAAGCAGAGCUCAAGUUAUGCGAAAAGACAAGCAUAGCUAUGCAUCCCCCAUCGCUGGUUUCUCAAUACGACGAUGACGAUGAGGAAUCUCAGUGA